AUGUCCUGGGCCGCCCUUCUUCCCGAGCUACCGGUCCUCAUUCUCGGCCGUCUGGAGAUGGCCGACUACCUCCGGUUCGGUUCCGUCUGCCGUUCAUGGUGUUUCACAGUGGCCCAGAGGCCUUGCCCGCCGAAGCCACAGAUCCCAUGGCUGAUGCUUUCCGAUAGCAAGAGGGAUCCCGACACCCGCUGCUUCUUCAGCCGCCCGGACCAGAAGAUGUACGAAAUCCAACUCCCGGAGAUCCACGGUCGCUUGUGCGUCGGAUCCUCCGAGGGGUGGCUGAUCACCGUCGACGAGAUCUCGGAGCUGCACGCUCUCAAUCCGCUCACCGGGGCAUCCUUGGCCCUCCCAUCCGUCACGACGCUCCCUAAUGUCGGCGGUGCCGUCCGUGACUCCGACGGCCAAAUCACCGACUAUGUCAUCGUCUGUGAUGACCUGCGAGAGGUGCCGUAUGAAGUGGAGCGCAUGCGCAUGUGCUACUAUGCCAAGGCAAUCCUCCACCCCUCCUCCGCUGGGAGUGGCCACACCGUGGUGGUCAUUUACGGACAAUUCAAUUCUGCAUUAGCGUAUGCUGGGGACGAGUGA